AAUUUUCAGGUGCAACCCGGAAAGUCCCAGAGGACCCAGAGGCCCUGCUUUCCAAUUAGGCCUGACCCUAUGCACAGAGAGGUCCCUGCGGGACAGGGUUGCUUCACAGAGGCAGCCGGAAGAGGCCGCUCACCCGCCGCUGUAUUGGCGUGUGAUGUUGCCACCAGCCCGCCGCCCCCUUCGAGCCCCCUCCCACCUUCUGCUGCCUGGGAAUGCCGCUGGUUCCGGGGCUUCGGGUCGACCCUUGGCCUCUGGUCAUGUGAGCCCAGUAGUCCUUCCCGCCUCGGUGACAGCGUGUACGAAAAGCCGGGGCUCGAUAUGGACAUAGUAGAAAUCCUAUUAUUGAGACCCUGCAUAUAGAAAAACACGGCAGUUUUUUAACCUGCGUUAGUUAAUAAAAUCAAGUACCUAAUAUUGCUAUUCUUAAUCACAAUUACAUUGAAUUUGGGAUUGGGAGGGAAAUUAUGUCAUUGCAGUUGACACCUGUUAAGAAACUCUCAAUUUGUGUCCUGAAAAGCCAUAAUGGAGAUAUCAAUGCCUCCACCUCAGAUAUAUGUAGAAAAAACUCUGGCCGUUAUCAAACCAGAUAUUGUUGACAAAGAGGAGGAGAUACGAGAUAUUAUUCUCAGAUCUGGAUUCACCAUUGUUCAGAGAAGAAAACUACACCUCAGCCCAGAGCAAUGUAGUAACUUUUACGUGGAACAGUAUGGAAAAAUGUUUUUCCCCAAUUUAACAGCUUACAUGAGUUCCGGACCGCUUGUCGCCAUGAUAUUAGCGAGACACAAAGCCAUCUCUUAUUGGCUAGAACUUUUGGGACCAAAUAAUAGUUUAGUAGCAAAGGAGACAUAUCCAGACAGUCUAAGGGCAAUUUAUGGCACAGAUGACCUAAGGAAUGCACUUCAUGGGAGUAGUGACUUUGCUGCUGCGGAAAGAGAAAUACGUUUUAUGUUUCCUGAAGUGAUUGUUGAGCCCAUUCCAAUUGGACAGGCUGCUAAGGACUAUUUAAAUUUAUAUGUAAUGCCAACUCUGCUUGAAGGACUCACAGAGCUUUGUAAGCAAAAACCAGCAGAUCCUUUGGAAUGGAAAUCUAGAGCUGAAGCCUAGAGCAGAAGGUGACAGUGGGGACACAUGAGCCUAUGACAAGACAGAUUGAAUAGUAGUAUCUCUGAAGCCCUGGUAUGCUGACAAAUGACUAGCAACUGGCUUGGGUGCAGGAGAUAAGUCACCAUUGGAGAGUAGCAGCCGUGGCUCUUCGCUAUCCUAUGGCCGUGGGCCUCAACAAGGGCCACAAGUAACCAAGAACGUGAGCAAGCCCAGGCACAGCCGCCGCCA